UUCCUUUGUCUGCUCAUCUGUGAUCGUCCAUUUUCAGCUGCAAGUAACUUGAGCUGUCCAGUUUUUCUCAUCAGAUCUAUUAAUAUUUUCUUACAGGUCUCUGCACUGCUGAAAACCUUUGGAUACACUGAGGACAGAUGGACUAUCAUGACAAUGAGACAACCUUGUCCUAUUGCCACAUCGAGUUCGACUACACCGGCCGGCGAAUCAGCCUGUUCCUUUUUCACCUGUUUGUCUUCAUCAUGGGCCUGACAAUGAAUGUCACAGUGGUAUGGGUCAACUGGCAGCGGCGGCAUUCACACAACACUGUAUUCUUCUGUCUACUCAACAUGGGCCUGGCCGACACCAUGAUAAUGGUCAUGCUGCCUGUGCAAAUGCUUGAGGUGAUCAUGGACCAUGUCUGGGUGUGGGGAAACUUCCUCUGCCGCUUCUCCAAUCUGGUCAUUGUGGCCAACAUCUACGCCAGCUCUCUGUUUCUCGCUUACAUGUCGGCUGAGCGCUACCUGGUGCUAGCUCGAGGCUCGAUGUCCCGGGUGGGUGUCAUACCAGAGAAGCGCAAGAGGGGCACGAUCUGCGCUGCCCUUUGGGUGUUGGCACUGUUCUUCAGCUCGCUGGAGACGGUGCACGUGCGUACCCAGGAGUGGACUGAGCCAGGAUGCUACUUGAUGCCAAAGCAUGCCUAUGAGGAGUGGUUCAGCACCAUCAUCAUCAUCCGUUUCAUGGUGCAGUUUGCCAUGCCAGCGGCCACCAUAGUUGCCUCAAAUGUGCUGGCAGCCCGGGCAGUGCGAGCAUCCCCUGAGGUUCAAGCCCGCAAAACAGGCGAUGUGUUGCUCCUGCACCUGUACUACCUGGUCUUUGUGGUGUGCUGGCUGCCUUACCAGAUAACAAUGUUGCUCAUACUGGAGAACAUUCUUAACCCCGACCUGUUAAACUGCAUUGCGCUUCAGCAUCUCCUUUUCUCCUACACGGUGGUAAGGACCAUCACUUUUCUUCACUGCUUGGCCAAUCCCAUCCUUUACAGUUUUUUGAGCAGGAGCUUCCGAGGUAAACUCAUCAAUCUUAUACUGCAUCACUUGCCACAAGACGCUGUUUCUAAGCAGGUAAUGGAUCAGCAUGGGAACCCCCAAGGUGAUGCCACAGCAAAUAGAACAAAAGGAAGCAAUGGGGGGGGAAACAGCACCAGCCAAUCCGAAUGAUAAAAUAAUGAUACAUUCAGUUGCAGUUCUAUUUUUCAUGCACCUUCCACACACUUGUUCUGUCUUCAAAUGUGUUCUCCUCAAAUUAGUGUAUAUACAAAAAGAUGUAAAUACUUAGUGUCUGGUUGCAUACUCUCAUAACAUAAUCACUACAGUAUAUUCAGACUGAUCUUUUAUAUAUACAAUAUAGUGCACUCUAUAAUAACAUUUCUGCAGUUGAUUACAAUAAAGGGACCAAUACAAUAUGCAAAAACCAAAAAAAAAAAAAACUGCAAAUAAUACAGAAAAUGUAAAAUAAUAA